AUGACGUUAAAUCUAACCAUUCUGAUAGUCUUGCUGACAUCAGUAGCAGCCAACAAAACGUCACAUUCGCUCAAUGCAACCUUGAAAACUUUCGACCCACGAUUACUUAACUCGACGGCUGAUCGAGACAUAGCAAUGCAGAAUGUUCCUUUGAUCCGUCUAACCAGGCAUCUUCUGUCUCCGGAGAGAUAUGAUGUCCGAGUCAGACCAAUUCUUGAUCACAAGAAAUCCCUCAAAGUGCACAUCAGCAUAUCCCUCUAUCAGAUUAUAGAAGUGGAUGAACCUUCACAAAAUAUCAAACUGAAUGUUUGGAUGAUUCAAAAGUGGAAGGACGAGUCAACACUACGUGUGCCUCCAUCUGCUGGAAGCGUUUCUGAUAAGCGCCAAUCCUUCCAAAUGAUUGAUGUUACAUCUCCAAACUCUCCGAACACCGCAAGAUCUCGUGCACCUUCUCUUGCUCCGUCUACAGCCAAAGCUACGAUGUGGGAGGGUACUAUGUCGGCCCUUGCAGGAACAAAUACACAACUGCGGAGAACUUCAAAUGUUUUCAAUAAAGAAGUGGAUGAAAUGCGAAGAAAACGACAAUGCUCUCUGGAGUGGGAGUUCUUGGCUACCGUACUUGAUCGGUUCCUUCUAAUAGUAUUCGUCGGAGCAGUUCUGAUUGUCACCUCUGGUCUGAUCCUUGUCGGAAGAAUGGCCCAAUACAGUUAUGAUCAUCCUGAUGACCAAUUCUUCCAUGUCUAA